CCUAAAAGGAGGGAGGAAGCUAGGCCUCGGUGAAGGAGAGUGGAAGGACAGUGCGGUGUUGGCGGUCGUAGCUUUUCCCACCGCGAUGGCUCUGCCUCUGAGGUCCUUGAGUCGGGGCUUGGCAAGCGCAGCCAAGGGAGAACACGGAGGGUCAGGAGCCAGCACCUGGCGCCUCCUGACCUUGGUGCUGGCGCUCCCGAGCGUGGCCCUCUGCACCCUCAACUGCUGGCUCCACUCGGGCCACCGCGAGCGCCCCGAGUUCGUCCCCUACCACCACCUCCGGAUCCGCACCAAGCCCUACUGCUGGGGGGACGGCAACCACACUCUUUUCCACAAUCCCCACGUCAACCCUCUGCCCACGGGCUACGAACACCCCUGAGGCCUCAGCGGGCACCCCAGGGAGCAAUAAAGAUGUGGAAACUGUG